AUGGCAGACGGCGCCUCUUCAGACCUGCCUGGCCCCGGUCGGCUGGCUCUUACUAUGUUUGCUCUGUUCAUGGGCAUGUUCACUGCCAACCUCGACUCAACAAUCCUGGCCACCGCUAUUCCUUACAUCACCAAUGAAUUUCACAGUCUCGAUGACAUUGGUUGGUACGGUUCGGCCACGUUCUUGACAUUUGCGGCCUUCCAGACGACCUGGGGCAAAGCGUUCAAGUACUUUAACCUGAAAUGGGCAUAUCUUGUGUCCCUCUUCAUCUUCGAGGUGGGAAGUCUUAUUUGUGCUGUGGCCCCUAACAGUGUUGCCUUGAUUGUCGGCCGUGCAAUUGCUGGUAUCGGGGCUGCAGGUCUAUGCACGGGUACCUUUGUCAUUAUUGGGUAUACUGUCGUACCGGAGCGCCAACCGAGAUUUAUGGGUGUUAUGGGAGCCACUUACGCCCUAGCAUCGUUUGUCGGGCCAUUGGUGGGAGGAGCGUUCACUGAGAAGGUCACCUGGCGCUGGUGUUUCUACCUCAACCUACCUAUUGGGGGUCUGGCCGCCUUCAUUAUCGUCGUCUUCUUUCAAACCCCUAAGACAGCAAAGCCAGUUGAAGCCCCCUGGAGGGAAAAGUUCUUCCAGCUAGAUCCAAGUGGCUGUCUUUUCAUCAUCGGGGCCGUUGUCUGUUACCUUCUGGCGUUACAGUGGGGUGGUUUACAGAAGAGCUGGUCCGACAGCAGCGUGAUAGGCACUUUAAUUGGCUUCAUUCUGAUUUUCAUCGCCUUUGGUGCUAACGAAUGGUGGCUUGGAGAGCGCGCCUCCGUCGUGCCACGUCUGUUCAAACGCCGCAGGAUCCUUGUCAACUGCGCUGUCGUCUUCUUCAACUCUGGCGGAUUUUUCAUUCUGAUCUAUUAUCUGCCGCUCUACUUCCAAUCUAUCCGCAACGCAUCUCCUAUUGGGUCCGGUGUACGCAACCUUCCAUUCCUCAUUGGCGGGAUCUUCUCCAUGAUUUCUGGCGUUGUUAUCAGUGCCACCCAAAGAUGGGUUCCAUUCAUGACAGUCGGCGCAGCUCUCAGCGCUGUAGGAGGAGGAUUAAUAUACACCAUUGAGCAAGACACAUCGACUGGCAAGUGGGUCGGAUUUCAGAUUUUGGCCGGUGCGUCGACAGGAUUUAUUUCGCAAAUUCCUAUCAUGGCAAACACUGCAUGCGUGGAUAUGGUCGACAUGAGCACUGUUUCCGCCAUGACGCUGUUUUUCCAACUCCUUGGCGGCUCAUUUUCUGUUUCCGCUGCUCAAUCUGUGUUUGGAAAUACCCUUCUGCGUAGGAUUCAGGAGACCGCGCCUGAAAUCUCCCCGUCGCUUGUCCUUUCGGCUGGUGCCUCCGAGCUGAGGAAGAUCUUCCCGGCAAAUGCACUGCCAGGAAUUCUGACAGCGUACAUGGAUGGAAUCAAGGGUGCGUUUGCUGUGGCGACAGCCUUGCUGGCUGUGAGCGCUCUACUGGCUCUGCUGGCUAAGUGGGAGAAAUUGAUACCGGGAACGCAGUCGUGGGGUAACCCUGAUGAGAAAUCUCAAACCCCAUUGGACUCAGAAGGUGAUGAGAAGUCCACUGUUUGA